AUGGUCGUUGCUUCCAAGAAGGACGCCGCCAAGGAGCCCAUCACUGGCCCCGAGGCCGACCUGGGUACCGACGAGGAGAAGAAGAAGGCCGCUGCCCAGCGUGCUCCCACCCAGGCCCAGAUGUCCACUCUUCUCGAGAAGGUCGCCAAGGCCUACGGCUGCAACGUCAUUGAGAACACUACCUCCUGGUUGUUCGACCGCAACGAGAUCGAGGGCUCCAAGAAGAUCAUCCUGUCCCCCGGCGACGGUGUCCGUGGUGACGGUAUCCCCGAGGUCGGUGAGGUUUGGGGUGUUGAGGUUGGCCUCUCUCUGGGCAACGGUAAGGUCAAGAACCUGGACCACCGUGCUACCCUGCACCGCCGUACCACCACCACCUACGGCCUGAAGCGCCCCAGCUCCCGCCAGACCCUCUCCGAGAUCGUCAAGAAGUUCGGUACCUUCCCCUUCAGCUUGCGCCAGCUCGAGGACGAGAAGUCCGCCAAGGUCGGUGUUGUUGAGUGUGUUCGCAGCGGUGUCGUCCGCCAGUACGAGCCCGCUGGCUCUGCUGACAACACCCCCGUGUCUCGCCUGCUGACCACCGUUGCCAUCACCAAGAACGGUCUCACCAAGCUUGCCACCCCUAACGCCGUCGACCUGGAGCUGUACAAGAGCGACAAGAAGAUCGAGGAUGAGGAGAUCCUCAAGAUCCUCGAGCAGCCCUUGCCCGUUCUACCGGUAACAAGAAGAACAAGAGCAAGAAGAAGAAGACCACCGGCGGUGAAGAGUAAAUGCAUUGACCUGAGCGUCUCUUGUAUGUCGUAUGCAAUAUACAUUGAUAUGAUGUUGGACAACUUCGAUCCCAAAACUGUCUAA